AUAUAGUUUUCAUAUCAUCUUAUAAAGCCUUUCAUCUCGAUCACGCUAGGACCAUCAGCGCGAGGUAAAGAAGGAAAAAAAAACCCCAAAGCAGCCGUUCUGGGGUUGCAUAUUUCUGGAAAACAUAUACGCAUCCUUGAUCCAUUCCGUUUUGAUCUACCACCGCCAUGUCUUCACCUCAGAAACGAGUCUUAUGUCUUCACGGGUAUUCACAGAACGCGAGCAUGUUUUCUAAGAAGCUCGCAGCUCUUCGUCAACAACUUCCUGAAGUGGAGCUAGUCUUCAUCGAUGCACUACAUGUCCUACAGCCGGUCGAUCUGCCUGCACCAUCCCAGAUGGGAUACUUUUCCGGAUUUGAUUCAGAACCGCCGUCGAAAGAGCCUCAACGUGGGUGGUGGAAAACACAGAACGUGCAAAGUAUUGCUGCAGGAUUAGAAGUUACGCUUGCACAGCUAAAGGACGUGUUGAAGGAGCAAGGAGUCUUCAAUGGUGUAUUAGGCUUCAGUCAAGGAGCUGUUCUAGCUGCCCUCCUUUCUGGUCUUCUUGAGAAACCAGAAACGUACCCUUUGUUCCUCGAAGACGGCAAAGCAGUACAUCCACCAUUUGAAUUCUGUAUCUCUGUCGCGGGAUACAAACCUCUCGACCCAUUGGGUGCCAAGUUGCUCACGCCAAACUUCAAAACGCCUACAUUGCAUGUAAUAGGCCACAACGACAUCAUCGUCACUCCAGAACGGUCUCAAUCACUAAUUGAUGCGUCGUUGAAUGGGCGCGUAGAAUUCCAUGACGGAGGUCACUUUGUGCCAUCUAAGACUGCUUGGCGGAAAUUUCUUGCUGAGUACAUACGAAACCCGAGUGCCAAUACUCCUGGACCGAAUGGCAUAAAACCAACGAGCAAUGACCGCACGCCUAUCUCUGAGCCUGUCACGCCCAUUUUGGAAUGAUUUGAAUCCUAGUAGUAACCCACAUCGGUACAAUCUUUAUGAAUCAUUGUUAGCGGGUCCUGUAUGAGCUCUUGUGGAUAGAUAGCUCUCUUAGACAAAUGUAGAAUACUUUUGAGGUCUAACCGGGCGUGAUUUUUACCUUGAGACGCU